CUCCAAAAAUAACUACCAUUAUCUAACAGUAAUUCAAAAAAAACCAGAAACUAAAGAAAAGGCAAUGGCCACUUAUCUUCCUCACCUCACAAGCAAAACGCCCUCUUUGUUCUAAAAGCCUGAAACAAAAAGUCCCUACACGAGCCAGUUCAUGGCUUCUCUUCACGUUCAACAUUCAUGGCUAUCUUCUCUCACCAAAAACCCCACUACCCUUUUCUCCUCCAAAGCCUCUCCAUUCAAAGUUUCACUCUCUCUCAACUCUUCUAAUGCUGAAUCUCCAAACCCCUCCUCACAGAACCCACCAGAUCCCGAACCAGGUCCUGUGGACCCUGUAAAGCUUGCUUUUGAGAAGGCUAAAGCAUAUAGAAACUCCAUUGAAACCAGCAAGAAUGUGAAGAUUGAGCAGAACCCAGUUGAGGAUUCUGGUGGUUCUAUAAUUGGGAUUGUUGAGAAAAAUAAGCAAGUGUCAGAUCCUGUUAAGGGUGCUGUGGAGUACAAGACAGAUAUAGGAGUUGUUGGUAGCAGUGGUGUUGUGGAAGGUAUUGCAGAUAGUAAAACAAAUUCAGGAUUAAAGGGACGGAAUUUAGGAAGUGGAGUGGUGGAUAAAACGUCGAAGAAAGAACAAAAACUGUCGAUCUCAAGCAUUGAUUUUGUGGGGCUUGAAUUUGCGGAUAAGAAAAAGGGCAGGGGACUACCUGCUGGAUUGGUUCCAAUCACAGACCCUUUUUCAGAAGGGAACUUGCCUGAUGUAGAAAUAAUUGUCGGGGACACUAGCAAAUUUGAGGAUCCCUCUACAUUGACGUCCAAGCCUACCCAAGAAGAUAAUCCAGAUCUUUACAAGCCGAAGGUUUCUACAUGGGGUGUCUUUCCUAGACCUGGAAACAUUUCAAAGACGUUUGGUGGUGGAAAAACUAUUCGCCCUGGAGAUGAGCUUGAAACAGCAGAAGCACGAGCUGCUAAGGAUGAGCGCACAAAGCAAUUAAUAGCUGCCUACAGGAAGAGCAUUGGCUUAAAUGUUGAUCCAAACGUGAAAUUGGAGUGUGAAAAGGCCUUGAAGGAUGGCGACUCCUUGAUGGAUUCUGGAAAGCUUAAUGACGCGCUACCCUACUAUCAAAUGGUUUUGGAUAAGUUGCCAUUUAAGAGUGAACUUCAUGGGUUAGCUGCUUUGCAGUGGUCAAUCUGUCAAGAUUCACUCAGCAGACCAAACGAGGCUCGUGCUAUGUAUGAAAAACUCCAGUCUCAUCCAAAUGUUAAAGUGAGCAAGAUAGCAAGGCAAUUUAUGUUCAGUUUCCAGGCCAUGGAGAAGUUGAAGUUUACAGGCUCAAAUUUCUCGCCGACAAGCACAGGCUACCAGUACUAUUUUGAGAAAUUUGUUGAAGAUAAAACCAGCUACCCUCAAGGAGAGGCUGGAAUUGAAAUUGGUGUAUUGAAUCAAGCCCUCCCAUAUAUGAUUUUUCUUGUUUCUCCCAUUUUUAUGGUUCUGUUUGCUGCUUUACGGGGAGGGAAUACAAACUAGAUACUUGUAACUAGCAACUAGGAUGUAAUUAAUAACUACAUCUCCUAAUCUAGAUGAAAGAUUAACUUUUA